GCGGCAGCGCCGACCCUCAGCAGCCGCCGCCGCCUCCGCCGCCGCCUGAGGGACCCGGCGGCCUGGCCUGGCCGAGGCGCGGGACGGACGGGGCGGGCCGCUGCGAGCGGAGCCAUGUCCAUGGAGGACCCCUUCUUCGUGGUGAAAGGGGAAGUUCAGAAGGCGGUGAACACUGCACAGGGGCUGUUCCAGAGAUGGACAGAACUCCUGCAAGAUCCAUCCACCGCUACAAGAGAAGAAAUAGACUGGACCACUAAUGAACUGAGGAACAACCUAAGGAGCAUUGAGUGGGAUCUUGAAGACUUAGAUGAAACUAUUAGCAUUGUUGAAGCAAACCCUCGAAAAUUCAACCUUGAUGCAACAGAGCUAGGAGUAAGAAAAGCCUUCAUCACAAGCACACGACAGGUGGUCAGGGAUAUGAAGGAUCAAAUGUCAAACACUUCUGUUCAAGCACUGGCUGAAAGGAAAAACAGGCAGGUCCUUCUGGGAGAAAGUGGAACUCAUGGCUGGAGUUCUGGGGCUGACAAGUAUGGCCGCUUGGAUCGCGAAAUGCAGUCGGUAAAUUCCCACUUCAUUGAGGAGCAGCAAGCACAGCAACAGUUAAUCAUCGAACAGCAGGAUGAACAGUUGGAGCUGGUCUCUGGCAGCAUUGGUGUAUUAAAGAAUAUGUCCCAGCGUAUUGGAGGAGAGCUAGAUGAACAAGCAGUCAUGUUGGAUGACUUUACUCAUGAGCUGGACAGCACUCAGACACGACUAGAUAACGUUAUGAAGAAACUUGCAAAAGUGUCCCAUAUGACCAGUGAUCGGCGACAGUGGUGCGCAAUUAUCAUUCUCUUCGCUAUCCUGCUGGUGGUGCUUAUUCUGUUUUUUGUGCUGUGAUGGACUGGCACGCCGAUACUUUUCCUAGCUUCCUUCUUGAUGAAAUAAUCAGAUAACUCUUUCUGCCCAGAGAGAAUUCCCAUCAUAGAAAAAGGAUGCUCUUCUGUGAAUGGAACACUGGUGACAUGACUCACUCGCUCUCUCAUGGUUCUUCUGCCUAUCCUCAUCAACUUUCCUGAGGUGCAAAAAUGGAAGACUAACAAAUGCCCAAACUCUGCUGUCACUGGAAGCGAAGCUUUUGGACAUUGCUGUUUUUCUGUACUCCUCUGUAAGAGGUGGUGCAGCAUGGAAGAAAGCAAUAUCUGGCCCCAUCUCCAUCCUGUCGCAGGUAUGAACCUUUUCCAGGAAGCACUCCAGACUCCUUUCUUCCACUUGUCAAAACAGAAUUCUUGGCAAUGUUAAACCAGCAUGUGCACUCACAUGCUUCAUGGACCAGCUACACAGCACUGCCCUGCAAAUAAGUGUGGGUCCUCAGUAGGAGAAAAGGGGCAGUAAAUGCAGGGACUAAAUUCACACUACAGGCAUUUUCCGUUUCUCCCCUGGAACAGGAGUUCACAGUUAACUGCCACGCGUAAAGAGCUGUGUGCCACACUCUUGAAAUGCUGAAUUACAAAAAAAGUACACACCUGAGCCUUUAAAACAAAAAAAAUCAUGCAAGGCAGAUACACGUGUGCGCGAAAACGGUGGGCCCUGAAUGUUGAAAAUAAACCUAAGAUUAAUCUUGGCACAUAUUGAAAGCAGGGCCAUUGCUAGUCCUGUUGCUCUAAUCUGGGUUGGUGAUGCUGAUUUCUGCAUUUCAUUCAGUGAGGCAGACUUGGCUCUAGCAAGUUAGUUUGAAUCUUGAGCAAACCUACUGUUGGAGUUUGAACUGAAACCAGACUGCAGGGUCUGACCCCCAGGCAGCUAGAGCUCGACUCCCAAUUUUGAGAGCUUUAAACUCAAUUUUAGUGCACUGCAAAGUGGAAACGCUUUAAAGCGUACUGUAGCUAAAAUCUUGCCCUUUUUUUGCGUGAGAGAAAUAGUUUUGGCUUUGAAAGUAGGCCUUCUGAAAAUAGCAACUUACCAGGAGGGGUUCUGCUCCUUUUUGUUUCUGCUGCUUUUUAUUAACAGCUGCCUCUAACGACUGACUGGCAGAUCUAACAUUUAAAUAACAGUUAAAGGAGAAGAAAAAUGGGUUCUGCUCGGUUAGGGCUUCAUUCUGUCCUGUUACGCAUUUCUUUCCUUCUUCCAUCUUUUUUCUUUUUUAAACCUUUUGAUUUGUGAAUAAUUUCAAUGAUGAUGUCUUUGCUAAACUGACUUUUUAUGGGGGAUGUCUGGAAACUGGACGAUAGUUUCCCCAAUGAUUCUACCAGAUUUUGAGGGGUGUGUGUGGUUUCCAUCCCCCUCAUGGUUCACUCUCAAGACGGAAACCUUGAUCCCCCCCCCCCAAUGUCCUGCUGGGUGUAGUCUGCUUGCACAGCUGGGAUCAGUUUAGCCCACCCCCUUUUCAUCUCUUCCUGAAGCUGCUGGUUGACAGGCAUGUGAAGGAGCCAGACAGCUGCAGUUUCUGCCCCAAGUCACAUCCCCCCCCCCUGCCAAUACAUCCUUGCUCUGGGCCUUUCCCCCUGGACUCCGAACCCCUUGAACUCCCUUCCGUUCUGACUCGUUUACACAUUUAGGAAGGGAAUCAGAAGUUGAAGGAGUCAAACCUCAGCAAAGCCAAACAGCGCUGCCUCCACAGCCUUUCCACCAGAAGAGCGAUCGCAUAAAAGGAGAAGCAGAAAUAGUAACCUCUGGUGAGCGGAGUUUACACUCCCCUGGAGAGAAACUGUGAUCUGUGAUGAGAUACGCCAA